UAACAAGAAAAUGGCCGAUUCAGAAUGACGGGUCGCAUAUGCUGUGCUAGCUAGGUUGAAUUUGCUUUAUUUCUGUAAUUAUAUUCCAGCAGCGAAGCCGUUACUAAAUACAUUCUGUAGGAAUAUUACGUGUCACAAAUGAUGUCCAUUUGAUGUGUUUGUGAAGUAAACGAAGCACUGUAUAUUAUUUUUUCAUUCGUAGCAGCUUUUAUCGUUUGCAAUCAAAUCAGGUGCAGACAUGUCCUCAGUCAUCGUAGCAAAACGAGAGGGACCACAGUUCAUCAGCGAGGUCGCUGUGAGGGGCAACGCCGCCAUGCUGGACUACUGUCGGACGUCUGUGUCGGCUCUGUCCGGGGCAACAGCGGGCAUCCUUGGGCUCACAGGACUGUACGGAUUUAUCUUCUAUUUCCUCGCCUCGUUUCUACUCUCCCUUCUUCUAAUCCUCAAGGCCAGUCGCAGGUGGAACAAGUGCUUCAAGUCUCGGAGGAUGCUCUUCACAGGAGGGCUCGUUGGAGGUCUUUUUACCUACGUCCUGUUCUGGACCUUCCUCUACGGAAUGGUGCAUGUGUACUAAUAUAGUUGACCAGAAUGAUUUUGGUUUUAACCCUAAUGUCAGAGAAAUGAAUAUUAACUGCCCACACACUGUUUGUAGAUAUAGGUGAUUGAUGAAAUAUGUUAGAUUAACUGUUUAUACAGCUAUGUGAAGUACACUAUAUAUGCAAAAGUAUGUGGACACCCCUUCAAAUUAGUGUAUUUGGCCAUUUCAGCCAUACCCGUUGCUGACAGGUAUACAACUGAGCACACAGCCAUGGAAUCUCCAUAGACAAACAUUAGCAGUAGAAUAGCCUUACUGAAGAGCUCUGUGAAUUUAAAUGUAGCUCUGUCAUAGGAUGCCUCCUUUCCAACAAGUCAGUUCGUCACAUUUCUGCCCUGCUAGAGGUGCCCCGAUCAACUGUAAGUGCUGUUUUUGUGAAGUGGAAACGUCUAGGAGCAACAACCGCUCAGCUGUGAAGUGGUAGGCCACACAAGCUCACAGAACGGGACCGUCGAGUGCUGUAACAUGUCAAAAUCGUCUGCCCUCAGUUGCAACACUCACUACAGAGUUCCAGACUGCCUCCGGAAGCAACAUCAGCACAAACUGUUUGUCGGGAGCUUCAUGAAAUGGGUUUCCAUGGCCGAGCAGCUGCACACAAGCAUAGUGCCAACUGUGAAGUUUGGUGGAGGAGUAAUAAUAGUCUGGGGUGUUUUUGGGGGGUUCGGGCUAUGCCCCUUAGUUCCAGUGAAGGGAAAUCUUAACGAUUCUGUGCUUUGAACUUUGUGGCAACAGUUUGGGAAAGGCCCUUUCCUGUUUCAGCUUGACAAUGCCCCCUGUGCACGGUCCAAACAGAAAUGGUUUGUUGAGAUUGGUGUGGAUUGAAUUUGACUGCCCUGCACAGAGCCCUGACCUCAACCAAAUCAAACACCUUUGGGAUGAAUUGGAAUGCCGACUGCGAGUCAGAUCUAAUCAUCCGACAUCGGUGCCUGACCUUACUAAUGCUCGUGGCUGAAUGGAAGCAGGUCCCCGCAGCAAUGUUCCAACAUCUAGUGGAAAGCCUUCCCAGAAGAGUGGAGGCUGUUAUAGAAGCGAAGGGGGGGGGGGACCAACUCCAUAUUAAUGCCCAUGUUUUUGAAAUGAGAUGUUGGACGAGCAAGUGUCCACAUAAGUUUGGUCAUGUAGUGUAUAAGUCAGCAACUCUAUUUGUAUACUAAUAAAAUAUUUCUCUCGUGCACUGAA